AUGGGGAGAGGAAAGAUUGAGAUAAAAAGAAUUGAAAAUACAACAAAUAGCCGUGGAAGGCUUUAUGAGUAUUCAAACAAUAACAUUAGGUCAACAAUUGAUAGGUACAAGAAAGCAUGUUCAGAUCAUUCAAGCACCACAACUACAACUGAAAUUAACGCUCAGUAUUAUCAGCAAGAAUCUGCAAAAUUGCGACAACAAAUACAGAUGCUGCAAAAUUCUAACAGGCAUUUGAUGGGUGAUGCUUUAAGCACAUUGACUGUGAAAGAGCUUAAGCAGCUUGAGAACAGGCUUGAAAGAGGAAUCACAAGAAUUAGAUCAAAGAAACAUGAGAUGCUAUUGGCAGAAAUUGAAUACUUUCAGAAAAGGGAGAUUGAACUGGAAAAUGAAAAUCUUUGCCUUCGUACUAAGAUAAGUGAAGUAGAAAGGCUUCCUCAAGUGAACAUGGUUUCUGGACAAGAACUGAAUGCAAUUCAAGCAUUAGCAUCUCGUAAUUUCUUCGAUCCAAACAUGAUGGAAGAUGGAACUUCCUACAAUCAAUCAUCAGAUAAGAAGAUUCUUCAUCUUGGGUGA